AAACAUGUUACAGUUCAUGAAGCUAGUAGGACAGUUAAAGGUCUGCAGUGUUCUAAUGGGUUGAUGCUGUGUUCCCUUUGAAUACCGAACAAACAACUUUAAACAGAAAAGAAUGGACUGUAUUUCCCAUGAGCAAUCUCAGUCACUGCUGAUGAUGGGUUACAGAUGAAUCAGACAAGCGACUGAACUUAUAUCAUCCCAGAUCUAGGGGGCGUUUAACUCUGAUUACGACUCUCCCUGAUUGGCUGCAUGAAUCUACACUCUGGACUAGAAAGAAACCAGCGGCAUCCUCACUUCUUUCAUACCAUCCUGUGUUUAUUUUACAACCACUGGUGGUGCUGUUGAGCUCGGUUCCACGAAAGCGUGUUCCGAGGACUGGUUGGGUUUACCGGAACGUUAAGCAACCCGAAAGUGUGUCUGAUCACAUGUACAGGAUGGCGAUGAUGGCACUAACGCUCCGAGACCCCGGUGUAAACAGAGAGAGAUGCAUGAAGCUGGCUUUAGUUCAUGACCUGGCUGAGUGCAUCGUCGGAGACAUCGCUCCGGCCGACAACAUCAGCAAAGCCGAGAAACACAGACGAGAAAAGGAGGCGAUGGUUCACAUCACAGGCCUGUUGGCUGAAGAUCUGCGUCAGGAGCUGUACCAGUUGUGGGAGGAGUAUGAGUCUCAAUUGAGUCAUGAGGCGAGAGUCGUGAAGGAGCUGGACCAGCUGGAGAUGAUCCUACAGGCUCAUGAGUAUGAGGAGCUGGAAGGGAACCCGGGCCGACUGCAGGAGUUCUUCAUCUCCACUGAAGGCCGUUUCCAUCACCCGGAAGUCCUGGCACUGGUGAAGAGCAUAAACGAGGAACGAGCACGUCACAUGGCCAAAGCGGGAGAGACUGGAUCAGAGAAAACAGCAGAACUGAACUGCCACCUGACAACGACAGACUCCUCGUGACCUGACGCUGACGGUUACACAUCAGGACGUACUGUACAAUAUUAAAGUUCAGAUUUCAUUCUCACUAACCAGGAUCCACCUGGAAAUAAAGAUACUGUUAGGUGUAAUGUUAGCAAACGUUCAGAAAGCAUAUUUUGUAUACCUGCAGUUCUCUGUCUCCAUUAUAAGAAGGGAAAUGAUACUUCUAGACAUUCACAGAGAAUAGUGAAUAAAUAGUGUCUGGGUUACCAUGAAAAUAAAGCUGAUCUCUCUUUACAACACAAACAGCUUUAACUGUGUCUGUAAAACCCUGUGUACGUGAUGUUCAAGCACACUGGGAAGUUUAGUGAGAUAGACUGGACUGGAUGAUGUACUAGACACGCUGUGGUGAGCCCUGACAUCAUCCCUACCCCAGGACCAUUGAGGACCUCGUCUGAAUUACAGUGUUGAGUUUGCUGUAUAAGCAGUGUACGUCAUAUUUACUCGGUGUGUACUUGCUGGCUGUACUGGUUAUGCAGUUUCCUGUUCAGUGAUAAUUGUUGGUUUUGUUUUAUGCUUUUGAGGUAGAUUGUUUGUUUUCAGGUAGAUCUCACACUUCCUGUAGGUUAGUUUUGUCUGUAUCGCCUUGCUUUCAAACAUAAAAAUAGUUGCACAGUA